AAACCACCAAAUAAUACUAGAAAAAGAAAAAGGUUCCUUAAUCAUCCAUAACUAUUCACUUCUCACUCUCAACUGAGACCUCAACUUCAACCUCCAUUUCAUCUUCAUCAUCAUCUUCAUCUUCUUCUCCUAUUAUCCACAUCUCUCUCUAUCUUUCUCUCAUGGAUGCGCUCUAUUCUCCAACCACGCAAACCCUAGCCCUAAUUCCACGCUUCUCUUCAUCUUCUUCUUCUUCAUCUUCAUCUUCUGUAUGUCUUUGCGUCUCACGAAUUCAAUCAAUUCGAAGUGAAUUCUUCGGAAUUUCACCUAAAUUAAGGCUUAAAUCUCGUCGCAAAUGCAAACGUCUUCGCUUUCAUACCGCUCGAAUUCCUGUCGCUUCGUUGAAUUCAUUGCCGAUUGUCGCUGUUGUUGUUGCGAUGACGGUGUCCGCUGUUGCUGUUGCUCUCGCCAAUUUUUACUAUUCAAAGCGGAAAAAAGAUGCCGUUGAGGUAUCUAGUCCUCCAUCUUCUAAGUAUAGCCAAGAAGAAGUUACCACAAAAGUGGGAUCCUAUGGUCCAAUAGAUGCUGCACGUCGUCACAUAGAAAGUUUGAAUGAGUUGAAUUAUUCAUUACCAGAAGUUGGAGAAAGCACAUCCAAGUAUAAUGGAAGCAGGGUCGAUUUAUCAUGGAAUGGUACUUCAUCAAAAUCUGAAGAUACAUCUGAAGUUGGACAAAUAAGUUUUGCUGAUUCUAACUUGCAUGAAAUAGGAGCCAUUGCUUCUGCAGUUUUGGAGAAGAGAGAAGGAGUAGACCUAUCUCGUCCACUUGCAUCUUCUCAAAAUCUUCAAAUCGAAAGUUUUAAGGAUAAAAGUUACGCAUUACUGGAAGACAAAGAAACCACUCUCAGUGAUGAUGAGGGCAGGACCAAAUUGUCAUAUCAGGAUCACUUUGGAACACUUCAAGAUAUACAAGAUGCUGCAGAUUUUCCUAAUUCCAACUUUCCUGAUUUAGGGGCCAUUGCUUCUACACUUUCAGAAAGAAGUGAAGGUAUUGGUUUAUCACCUCCAGAGGCAUCUCCUGGAUUCCCUGACAUGGAAAGUUUCAAGGAAGAAAAUCACUCAUUACCUGAAGUUAAAGAAACCACUUUCAAGGAUAAUGAAGGUGGAGUCAAAUCAUUACAUCAGGAUCCCUAUUCAACACCUCAAGAUGCACCUGAUGUAGAGGAAGCAGGUGUUCUUGAUUCUAACCUCCAGGUUUUAGGAGCCAUUGCUUCUGCGCUCUCGGAGAAGAGCGAAAAAAUAGGUCCAUCUCUUCCACAGACAUCUCCUGAAGUGAAGGCCCUGCAAUCACAUGUACACUUAACUGAAGAAUCAGACUCUGUUAAUGGUAAAGCGGGGACUGAUUUGAAUCAAUCACCUAUUCAAAUCGAUAAGACGAAGGAUGUCUCUGCGGUUUUAGAUAUUGCAGUUAUGAAGGACAAUAAUCUUGAAAAACCAAACUAUGACGCUGGGUAUGAACUUCAGGCUGUAAGCUUUCCGGAAACUACAAGGUCUGCUAGAGACGAGCUUUACUUAUUUUAUGAGAAUACAUCUGCACCAGACAACCUGGAGCAUUUGCAGGGAAUCAAUGGCUCAUCUACUAAUGCAUCUCGUUUGGAGAAAAACAACUUUCCUUUGACCAUGAGGAAUUCCUUUUCAAAUAUGUUGCAAGAGGAUAAUAACCAGGCUGCAGGCGUUGGAGGUCGUGGGCCUGUUGCAUCCCAUGCAGGCAGCUCCUUCCAUGUGGGAAAAGACCCUCGGAAAGGAAGAAGAAGUGGGAAAAGAGGUACAGGGGGACCUUCUUUGCGAUAUAACCGCCAAAAUGUUUCUGAUUUUUUGGAUGUGCUCGCACUGCAAGAUAUCAGAGAAAACAACAUACCUAGGGAUAUGAAUUCUUACAAUCGCCUGCUGAGAAGUGGCAGGUUAAGCGAGUGCGUGGAGUUGCUUGAAGACAUGGAUAUCAAAGAUAUAUUGGAUAUGACUAAGAUUUAUCAUGCUAAAUUCUUUGAUUUCUGUCGAAGACAAAAGGCCGUUAAAGAAGCUUUCCGUUUUGCAAAGCUGAUUCCAGACCCUACUCUUAGUACUUUCAAUAUGCUUAUGUCUGUUUGUUCUGCUGCGCAAGAUUCAGAGGGAGCUUUUGAGGCUUGGAAUCUGGUUCAGAAGGCUGGAUUUAAAGCUGACUGUAAACUUUACACUACUCUGAUAUCAACCUGUGCCAAAAGUGGAAAAGUUGACACUAUGUUUGAAGUUUUUCAUGAAAUGAUGAGUAGUGGGGUAGAACCAAAUGAACAUACGUAUGGAGCUCUGAUUGAUGGUUGUGCAAGAGCUAGUCAGGUAGCCAAAGCCUUUGGUGUUUAUGGGAUUUUAAGGUCUAAGAAUGUGAAGCCAGAUCGAGUUGUAUUCAAUGCUCUUAUCACCGCGUGUGGCCAGUCUGGAGCAGUGGAACGUGCUUUUGAUGUGCUGGCAGAAAUGAGAUCUGAAUUACAGCCUAUCGACCCUGAUCACAUUACAAUUGGUGCUCUGAUAAGUGCCUGUACAGGUGCUGGUCAGGUUGAUCGAGCGAAAGGAGUAUAUGAUAUGAUAGACCAAUUUGACAUUAAAGGGACUCCAGAGCUUUAUACCAUUGCUGCUAAUAGCUGCAGUCAGACUGGUGAUUGGGAUUUUGCAUGCAAAAUAUAUGCUGACAUGAAGAGGAAGGGUGUUAUUCCUGAUGAGAUGUUUUUCAGUGCUUUAAUAGAUGUUGCUGGGCAUGCUGGUAACUUAGAUGCUGCCUUUGAGGUUUUGCAAGAUGCAAGAACUGAUGGGAUGAAUCCAGGAAUCAUUGCAUACAGCUCGUUGAUGGGGGCUUGUAGCAAUACCCGAAAUUGGGAGAAGGCACUGGAGCUAUUUGAGCAAAUCAAAGCUAUGAAAUUGAAUCCAACGGUUUCAACUGUGAAUGCAUUAAUCACUGCCCUCUGUGAUGCUGGCCAAAUGCAGAAGGCUCUGGAUGUUCUGGCAGAAAGGCAGAAACUAGGCUUGCGCCCAAAUGAUGUCACUUACUCCAUUCUUAUUGCAGCAAGUGAAAGAAAUGAUGACUUAGAGGUAGGCCUCACGCUCUUUUCUCAGGCAAAAGCUGAUGGUGUCUCCUUCACGCAGAUUAUGUGUAAAUGUCUUAUAAAAAUGUGCUCCCGGAGAUUUGAGAAGGCUUCUACAAUUGGUGAGCCUGUUUUAUCAUUUACCUCUGGACGGCCGCAAAUUGACAACAAAUGGGCAUCCUUGGCUUUGAUGAUUUACCGUGAAAUGAUUGGAGCUGGUUUGGCCCCUUCUAUGGAAUUGCUUUCUCAAGUUUUAGGAUGUUUGCAGCUACCAAAAGACGUAUCCUUGAAGAAGAGACUGAUUGAGACUUUGGGAAUCAAUUCUGAAACAUCACGAGGUGCAAACCUCUUUCCAUUGAUAGAUGGUUUUGCAGAAUAUGACCCUCGUGCUUUUUCAUUGUUUGAGGAAGCUGCUUCAAUUGGCAUUGUACCUGGUGCUUCCUUUAAAGAAAGUCCGAUUGUAAUUGAUGCUAGCAAUUUGAACAUUCACACAGCGGAGGUAUAUAUUUUAACAGUGUUGAAAGGACUCAGGCAUCGUCUUGCUGCUGGUGCCAAGGUGCCCAGCAUAACCAUUUCACUGCCCGUGGAGACAACAGAUAUUUCAUGUCCUAAGGGAGAAAAAACAAUUAAUGUUUCAGCAAGGAUUAGUCAAGGAGUUGGAUCUUUGUUUCGCAGAAUACGACUUCCUUAUCAAGGAUCUGAAUCAAGUGGUAAAAUCAGAAUCAGUGGACUUGCUGUAAAAAAAUGGCUUCAGCCAAAAUUAGUUUCUUCAUCUAGUGUGAAUUCUGCACAAACACAACUAGGCUUAUCUCAAUUAAGAUUAGCCAAAGAAAUUACACGUCAACAGCGCAAAAUUCGUUCCGGCAAUCUUUCAUUGGACUGAGAAUUUUUUGUAAGUUGAAAGCCCAAACAUCACCUUCAUAAUGAGUUGUAUAUGUAAAUUUAUUUAUAUAGUUUAAUCAGGUUAUAUCCACCAA